GCGCGGUGCGUCAAACAAGUUUUGGCUUUGGUUGGUUGAAUACUUUUCCGUUCAUAUGAAUAAUAUGACGGUGUAACGAACUUGUUAGGUGCAUAUUUAACCAAUAUUUAUGUUAAUACACCACUAAAUUUGCAGAAAUUCAUAUAAAUUUAAAGUGCAGUGAUUGUUUUGAUAAAAUAGUGAUUUUUUUAUAAGAAAACGGUACAAAGGCGAGCGUAUCCAUGGGCGUUAACUUCAGGCCCCUAAGACAAUAAGACUGAACUAUGAAUCUCAUAGUAAAGCAUUUAUUAUCAAUAUCAAUAUUACAAAUAUGUCUUGCACAAGAUUAUGCCACUCCAACAUACAAUCCUGAUUAUCAAGUGAACCCCACAAAUGACUAUCUCAACCCAAAUGAUCCAAGGUUGAACACCAACGAUCCAAGAUAUGACAACCCAUAUGAUCCAAACAGACGAUUGGCAAACCGGAAUCAGUAUGACAAAAACCAAUAUGAUUCUAGUAGGAAUACAUUUAAGGACCAAAGGUAUAAUCAGUAUGACAAUAGGAAUGAACAGGGAUAUGUGAACCAGUUUGGGUCAGAGAAUCCUGAGAAUACUCCGAGGCCAUCCACAUCAUGGGGAAGCGGAAGAACUUAUAACACUGCUUAUAAAACUGCUGAGUUAGAACAUGAUAGUGUUAUAAUUAAUGAAGCAACAUAUUUCAUAGUAGCCUCUCGCAUGGUGAGACCAGGACAGAUUUACAAGAUAUCGGCAAACAUAUUACGAGCUCGCCUCCAAAUGACCAUAAGAGCUUCGAUAUCCUGCAAUGGGGUAGAAAUAGCUGAUGUCAUUGAAAAGGUUAAAGAAGGAGUGCCAGAGGUUUUGAAUAUGAGAGUACCGGCAACAUCAGUGCCUGGGGAUUAUAAGUUACGUGUUGAGGGUUUAUUCUUGGAUGACCCCUUCGGCGGACGUGCAUUCGUCAAUGAGACCCAGCUGACUUUCUCCAAGCGUUUCAUGACAAUCUUUAUACAGAUGGACAAACCUGUCUACAUGCAGAGUCAGACUGUGAAAUUCCGAGUUAUUCCAAUAAACACUGAACUAAAAGCCUUCGGUAGAGCGAUCGACGUCUUCAUACUCGAUCCGAACAGACGCAUUAUGAAGCGGUGGCUUUCGAGGCAGAGCAACUUCGGCACGGUGAGCCUGCGGUACCCGCUGUCGGACCAGCCGCUGUUCGGCGAGUGGCUGGUCCGCGUCGAGGCAUUGGGGCAGGUCGAGGAGGCGCAAUUCCUCGUGGAGGAGUACUACCAGACCAGGUUUGAGGUGAACGUCACGAUGCCAGCGUUCUUCUUCAACACGGACCCGUACAUCCACGGGCGGAUCAUGGCCAACUACACGUCGGGCGCGCCCGUGCACGGCAACCUGACGCUGCGGGCGACUCUGCGGCCCAUACCGCAGUACCGGCCGCGGCACUACCAGCAGGGACAGUUCAACAAUCGGGGGCCCUAUGGAUCUGUAGUCACCGACCAGUACACUCGAGUGCGUCCAAACUACAAUCCAUAUCUGUACAACGAGUCGGGUCACCUGCCUUACGAUUACACGGGCCAAGUUGACGAGUACGGCCGACCCACCAACUACAGGCCCGGACAACCCAACCAGAUAGACCAGCCGGACUGGUGGUACGAUCCGCAGAAGGUCUACACCAGGAUGUUUAACUUCGACGAGAAAUACCCAUUCUGGAUGCCGAAGCCGGACCCGAUAGAGUUUGCGAACCAACAGAACCAACAGAAUCAACAGAAUCAACAGAACCAGCAGAACUUAAACAACCCCAACUAUAACACGUACAGCACUUCCAAUUACAACUACUAUAACAACCCAUAUUACACACAGUUGCCGUAUCUGAGAUUUUUUAAUGGCACAUAUGACUUCAAAUAUCCCAUGACGGAGCUGUCUCAAUUAGUUCCCGCCCUCGACGGAGUGGAGGUGAUAAUCACGGCAUCAGUCGGGGAUCCAUUCUUUGACGAAGUGAUCGAGGGGUACAGUAUAGCCAGGAUCUUCAACUCCUCACUGGCUGUUACGUUCCUGGGUGGGGAGCUUCAGGUGUUCAAGCCGGCCAUGCCGUUUGAUGUUUAUAUGGCGGUAUCGUACCACGACGGGUCCCGCUUGCCCGCGUGGCAGGCGGUGGGCGUGGCGCUGACUGUGACGGGGCAGCUGGAAGGCCGCGGGGGAGCCUUGGAACCACAGCGGCCCACCCUCGUGCCGGGACACGACGCCGUGUGGCACCUCAGGCUCGACCUCUUUAAGCUGCUGAAACUGGAGAAUGAUCCGAACCAUCGUGAAGUGCUGAAUAGUAUAACCGGAUUGCGUCUCUCGGCGACGCUCGGGGACGCGAUGGGAGGCCGGGCCGCUGCUGACGUGCAUCUAGUAGCGCACGAGAGUCCCAACCAUCACCAUCUUCGUGUUUCAACGUCAACCACCGAUGCGAGGGUGGGUGAAUACGUCGUUUUCCACGUACAGAGUAACUUUUACAUGGAAUCGUUCAACUAUGUCGUUAUGUCAAAGGGCAUUAUUCUAACCAGCGGUCAAGAGAUCAAUCAGGAAGGCGUGCGCACAUUUUCGGUUGUGGUGUCUUCGGAGAUGGCUCCAGUGGCCACGCUGCUUGUGUGGGCGCAUCGCCGGCGUGCACACGUUCUCGCCGACUCACUCACCUUUCCUGUCAACGGCAUUAGCACCAACAACUUCACUGUGCACGUAAACAAUCGCAAGCACCGCACGGGUGAGCGCGUGGAGGUGGCCAUAUACGGCGAGCCCGGCGCGUACGUCGGCCUCUCCGCCAUCGACCACGCCUUCUACACCAUGCAGGCGGGAAACGAGCUCACGUACGCAAAGGUGAUAUCAAAAAUGUCGCACUUCGACGAGGCGACGAACGGCACGUUUUCGUACACGUGGCGCUCGCACUUUGGCGACGCAGACGAGCUGGUAUACUUCCCCUCACCGAGCUUCGGUAUCGACGCUAAUCGCACGUUCGAAUACGCGGGUCUGGUGGUGCUAUCGGACGUGGCGGUGUACAGGCGCUACUCGAUGUGCAACGAGUCGCUGGGCAUGGCCGAAUGCUUGGACGGCACCUGCUACCCCAUCGACAAGCGGUGCGACGGCUCACUGGACUGUGCAGACCGCACCGAUGAAUCUAACUGCAAGCGCGACGACUCGUUCGAGCUGGCUCACUUCCGCAAGUUCCGCUUCAACCGCAUCCAGCGGCAGUACGAGAACGUGUGGAUGUGGCGCGACGUCAACAUCGGGCCGCACGGCCGCUACGUGUUCACGCUGGACGUGCCCGCCGCGCCUGCGCACUGGACCAUCUCCGCAGUGGCCAUGUCGCCCGGCGCCGGCCUUGGCAUGCUUUCGCGCCCGCUUAAUUAUGUGGGCAUCUUACCGUUCUUCAUCAAAGUGGAAGGCCCGGACCGUUGCAAGCAGGGCGAGCAGUUGGGAUUGAGGGUGGCGGUGUUCAACUACCAGCCGCAAGCUAUUGAGGCCGUCGUAGUGCUCGCUUCCUCGCCCGAUUACAAGUUCAUACACGUGGAGGAGAAUGGAAUUGUGCGUUCGUACAACCCGCGCACGUCGUUCGGCGAGCACCAGUUCUUCGUGUACAUACUGGCGGGGGACGCGGCGGUCGUGCACAUCCCCGUGGUGCCAGCGCGCCUCGGCCGCAUCCGCGUGGACAUCAUCGCCUCCACGCUCCAAGGCCAGCAUCGGGCGUCCAAGCACAUCGAUGUCGAGGCCGACGGCAUACCGCAAUACAGGCAUCAGUCAGUCCUUCUAGAUCUUUCGAAUCGCGCGUAUGUGUUCCAAUACAUGCACGUGAAUGUGACCGAGACACCCAUCAUACCGUACGAGGUCGGUCGGUACUACGUGUUCGGAUCGAAUAAAGCGAGGGUAUCCAUAGUGGGUGAUGUGGUCGGACCACUCUUCCCGACCAUGCCUGUCAACGCUACAAGCCUUCUAGAUUUGCCUAUGGACUCGGCGGAACAAAACAUGUUCAGUUUCGCGGCGAACAUGUACCUCACACUGUACAUGCGUCUCAUCAACCAGCGCAACCGCACCUUGGAGCAAGAGUCGUUCUACCACAUGAACAUCCUCUACCAGCGACAACUGUCAUACAUGAGACCAGACGGAUCCUUCAGCUUGUUCCGCAGCGACUGGAAUCAGUCAGCAUCUAGCGUGUGGCUGACCUCGUACUGCGCUAAAAUAUUCCAGGACGCUUCCUUCAACGAGUGGGAGAAUUACAUCUACAUUGACCCCGACGUGAUAUCAAUGUCCGUGUCGUGGGUGCUGGAGCAUCAGAUGCCGGAGGGCUCGUUCUACGAGGUGACGUGGUCGCCGGACCGGAACGCGAACGACUCAAUCGCGGUGCCCAUGGACUCGCAGCUGUAUCGAGACGCGAAGUUCCAGCUGAAGGGACAAAAGGUCAAUAACACGAUAAUUCUGGAACGGAACAUCACCCUGACGGCGCAAGUGGUCAUAACGCUGGAAUCCGUCAAGAACUUGAAGGACAUCGGUAUACGGGAGGGGCUGAGCGCACGCGUGGCCACGGCACAGCAGCGCGGCGUGUCGUGGCUGGAGCGGCACCUGCAGCUGUUGCACGACUUCGGCGAGCCGCUGGCGCUGGCGCUGGUCGCCUACGCGCUGAGUGCCGCUAAAGCGCCCAGCGCCGAGCACGCCUUCCGCCUGCUCAAGCGGCACCAGCGCUCCGAAGGUGGUCUGGUAUAUUGGGGGAAGGAACCGGUACCACAGCCUCCAUACAAGAUGGAAAACCAGAAGCCUUUCCUGCUACCUCGCCUGCCCUACAAGUACGACUCCAACAACAUCGCGGCGACCGCUUACGCACUGCUAGCGUGCAUGGACCAUCAGGACAACAAUGAAGCGAUCGUUAUGUGGCUUAACUCCCAGCGGCUCAAAGAUGGCGGAUGGGCGUCUACGCAGGACACGUACAUAGCGCUGCGUGCGCUCAUCGAAUACACGAACCGGAAACGACUGCGUGACGUCAGCGGCCUCGCCGUCAGCGUAGACGCGGUCGCGCUGGCGGGGGAGACGCGCCAGCUGCGCGUGCGCAACGACAACCUCGCCGUCAUGCAGAGCAUCGACAUCCCCGAGGCGUGGGGCACGGUGAAGGUGACGGCGCGAGGCGCGGGUUACGCCAUCCUGCAGAUGUCGGUGCAGUACAACGUGGACAUAGCGCGCUUCCAGACGGCGCCGCCGGCCACGUGCUUUUCGUUGCUGGCCAGCGCGUACUACCACGGCAGGAACCAGUCGCACAUCCGCUACCAGACGUGCGCCAGCUGGACAAUGACAGAUGAGGCGCCGCGGUCAGGGCUCGCAGUCCUGGAGGUGGGAAUCCCGACGGGUUACAUGAUCCAGCAGCAGCGGUUGGAUUCCUACGUGCUGUCCCGCUCCGUGCGUACUCUGCAACGCGCCAAGUACCAGCCCGACAAGCUUCUGUUCUACUUUGAUUAUCUGGACCAAGAGCACACGUGCGUGAACUUCACAAUCGAGCGCUGGUACCCCGUGGCCAACAUGUCGCGCUACCUGCCCAUACGAGUGUACGACUAUUACGCGCCAGAGCGCUUCAAUGAGACGAUAUUCGACGCCCUGCCGACCUACCUACUUAACAUCUGCGAGGUUUGCGGCUCAUCGCAGUGCCCCUACUGCUCCAUAUACAACGCGGCUGCGGCUCUACAGAUACCUCUACUGUUACUACUGGCUACCUUCGUCGUACUAUUGCGGAACAUACGACCGCAAUACGACACGUAACGGCGUCGACUUUGUUAUAUAACCUUUUUAUAGCGUCAUAUCAUAACAGGGCCCCAAGUCUGCUAUAUCAAAUUUGCGUCACUAGCCAAUCUAUGACAAAAGUACCGCAAUACGACAUGUAGAGGCGUCAACUUUGUUAUAUAACCUUUGCAUUGCGACAUAUCAUAACAGGGCCCCAAUUCGGCUGGUAUAACAGGUGCGUCGCUAACCAAUCUAUGACAUAAAGUAACGCAAUACGACACGUAGCGGCGUCUUAUUUGUUAUACGACCUUUGUAUAGCGUCGUAUCAUAACAGGGCCCAAGUCUACUAUUACAAUUUUGCGUCACUGGACAAUCUAUGACAAAAAGUACCGCAAUGACACGUAGCGGCAUCGACUUUGUCAUCUUACCUUUGUAUAGUUUCAUGUCAUAGCAGUCCCCAAGUCUACAAUUACAAUUGCUCGUAAAAUUCAAUGACAAAAAGUACUUGUGAAAAAUCAAAUUAAAAAGCGUUUGUGACCCUGACACAAAAUAAAAUAUCCUUUGGCCUGUCGUGUACCUUACCGUUGUUCUAUUCAAGUUUUGUUAACCUUUCGCUCUAGUGCCUUAAGCUUUUUCUCAUUCAUACUUUAAUUAAUAAUUUUACCAAAAAAGCGUGCACUCAAGAUAAUUCUUUCAGACCUCUUGUAUAAUGUAAACAACAAGUUUGUUAAUAUCAAUAAAAACAAAUAGUUCAUAAUUUUUUUUAUGUAUGUCUUGUUUUUAUUAUUUUUGAAAAUAUACUGUGUACUAAAAAGUGACGCAAAUAUUGUUUACAACUAGGCAGAUGAGAAUAAAUAGGCUUAAGAAGAUCCAGUAAUUUUGAAGAAACAAACUUACUCUCUUAUACCUAGGAAGUAUACGGUAAAAAGACAGGAGUAUGAAUUUUUUGCUGGAAUCUCAAUGCUAAACUAUUUUGAACCACAUAUUUGUAGCUUUUCACGUUAAUUUGGCAAUAACCAUCGUCUUAUAUGUAGUUAUAUUAAUGCAUUUAAUAUUGCAGGUUUACAAAUAGUAGUGUCAUAAAUGAAUACUAAAAUUAUAAGUGUUCUUGAAGUGAGAAAUUAAGCUUUGACAUAAAAUAAAUUUUUAAAUUUCACGCAUUCACAUUUUGAAGUGGGUUAGAUAAUAGAAUACUACGAACCACAAUGCCUCAUGAAAGAAUCUACUACACCCAAUUCAUAUAUCUAAAAUACACUUCUUGAUCGUAAUCGUAUGCUACUCAGUGCGUCGUGUGAGAUUUUCUAUUAUCUCAUCUUGAAUUAAAUGAAUUUAAAUUUACUUGAGCCGCUCUUUCAAUUCCAUACAAAUCGCAGUUAAUUUUCUCGCGAUUGAAUAGGGAUAAAAUCUCACAAUAUCUCUCUGUUCCAGAAGGAAAUUUGUAAAUUAGUUUAGUACUACCUUUAGACCUGACUAUUAAAUUCACUUGUGUUAAUCCGAUUUAGCACCAUUCUAUCAAAGCUAAACAAUAUAAGUUUUUUUUUAAAUUAGUUUUGUGUUAAACUUUUUCCUCAAUACCAUAUAGUUUUCCAUACUGAAAACUUGAUUAGCAUAAGUUUACUAUUUUAAGACCAAAUAAUACUUCGCUUUUUUUAUUAUGCUGAUAUCUUUUUUUCUGCUUUAUACCUGAAACAUAAAAUAUCCCACUCUUAGCCACGCUAACGCUUAGCGUGGCUAAGAGUGUGAUGUUUGUUUCUUCAAAAUUACUGGAUCUUCUUAAGCCUAUUUAUUCUCAUCUGCCUAGUUGUAAACAAUAUUUACGUCACUUUUUAGUACAAAGUAUAUUUUCAAAAAUAAUAAAAA